AUAAUGACACAGAAUACACACAAGAUAGACACAACAUAUACAUACACAAAUAUCUUAACUUUCGGUUUAUGCCAAGAAUCGCCAUUGCUUGUGCAACCCCUCCUUUUCUCAAGGGAUUAUCUGUUGAAAUCUUCUGGUUUUUCGCCGAAUCAUAUCCAUUUUGAUCCUAUUUUCAAGAGCUAUACACACAACUAUACACACAUAUAUCUUUGUAUAUAUAGGAAAUUAACAAAGAGGAUGCAAAGGGCCGUUGACAAUGUCCUCGCUGUCACCAAAGAGUCAGUAAAAACCAUCACUUACGAAUCGUUGAAUAAUAUUGUAAGAUUCAUUAAUGGGGUCUCAGCACUCUUAUUGGCUUUGAUUCCGGGGAAGACUUCCAUUCUUGAAGGAAUGCAAGGUUGGGAACUCAGACCUACAUUUCGAGGACCCCGCCUGCCUCGUUGGAUGGAAAAUGGUGUUUCGUCCUUCAACCAGUUCAUUCACGAACUUUCAGUGGACUCUGAUACGGGCUCUAGUGUGGAUUAUUCAUCUGGAGAAGAGUACACUGAUGAUGAUGAUGAUGACACUCCUUCAACUCCACUAUCUCAAAGUUCUCGAGCCUCAAGGACAAGCAGCUUUGGAAGGCAUGAAAGGCACUGGGGAAAUUGGGUGCUUUGGUUUAGAUACAUACUGGCACUAAUGCUAUUACCUGCAAAGUUUGUGAUGGGUAUACUGCUUUAUUUCUCUAGUGCUUCUCCUUUUAGAGGCUCAACUGUAAGCACUACCUUGGAAGAGCUGCAGCAGUUGGAUUCAGACAGUAACAAGAAAGCGCUGAAAGACCAUAUCAUGCAACGAGCCACUGAUAGGAGACGCGGAGUUAUCGAGGAUAUUCAUUUGGGAACUGAAAUAUUCAUAGAAGCAGUAUUUGACAUUGUCCAUAAGGCAACACAUUGUCUCCUGUCGCCUUUAGAGACUUCCAGGAGUAUAUUAAGCUGGUUCUCUUCUAAUUCCAGUAACGAUAUUCCUGAUGAUGCAUCAAAUGUUUCCAUUCCAACUGCUACUCUUGCUGAGACUGAUCCAACUCUUAGAGAAAGAACUGCCAACUUACGUGAUUCCCUGAAUACAGAUGGUCGAACAUGUCGAGAUGUCAUCACGGAACUCGGGUAUCCUUAUGAAGCCAUCCGUGUAGUCACUGCUGAUGGUUAUGUUCUUCUUCUGGAAAGAAUCCCAAGACGUGAUGCGAGGAAGGUUGUUUACCUACAGCAUGGAGUAUUUGAUUCUUCUAUGGGCUGGGUUUCCAAUGGAGUUGUUGGCUCUCCAGCAUUUGCAGCCUUUGAUCAAGGAUAUGAUGUUUUCCUCGGUAACUUUCGUGGCUUGGUUUCCCGAGAACAUGUCAACAAGAAUAUUUCUUCACGGCAAUAUUGGCGUUACUCAAUAAAUGAACAUGGUAUGGAAGAUAUACCCGCAUUGGUAGAAAAGAUUCAUGAAGUGAAAAUGGGCGAGCUGAAAUCUACUCAAGUCAAACCAGAAGAAGAACAAACUAGCAGUGAACAGCCCUAUAAGAUGUGUGCUAUUUGUCACAGUUUAGGAGGAGCUGCUAUAUUAAUGUAUGUCGUUACCCGCAAGAUUGAGGAGAAACCUCACAGGCUCUCAAGAUUGAUCUUGUUGUCACCUGCUGGUUUCCAUGAUGAUUCCACAUUUAUUUUUAAAAUUUUGGAGUAUUUGUUCCGUUGGAUGGCUCCUAUUCUUGAACCCAUAGUUCCUGGAUUUUAUAUACCAACCCGAUUCUUCCGUAUGCUGCUAAACAAAUUGGCGCGCGAUCUCCAUAACUAUCCUGCAGUAGGAGGACUUGUUCAAACGCUUAUGAGUUAUGUUGCAGGUGGAGAUAGCUCAAAUUGGGUUGGGGUCCUCGGCUUACCACACUAUAAUAUGAAUGAUAUGCCGGGAGUUUCAUUUCACGUGGCUCUUCACCUGGCACAGAUUCUCCAUUCAAAGAAGUUUCAGAUGUUUGACUAUGGGAGUGCAGCCGCCAACAUGGAGGUAUAUGGUUCAACUGAACCGUUGGACGUGGGUGAAUAUUAUGGGUUUAUCGACAUUCCUGUUGACCUAGUUGCCGGCCGUAAAGACCAGGUGAUCCGACCAACAAUGGUGAAGAAGCACUACAAGAGGAUGAAAAAUGCAGGCGUGGAUGUGACCUUCAAUGAGUUUGAGUAUGCACAUUUAGAUUUUACCUUCUCGCACAGAGAAGAACUCUUAGCUUAUGUAAUGUCUCGUUUACUGCUAGUGGCGCCAGGUCCGAGACAAAAAGCUAUGAGGUUAAAGAAGAAGAGAUUAGAAAUUGAUGGUGAGUGAAGCUAAUCCUGGUAAAUAAUUUCUUCCUACCAUAUGUCUUCUACACUGUUGUUCAAAAGAUUGAGAGCAGGCCUCUCUGUACAUGCAUUAGCAGCAAUCUCUUCGCCCGAGUUUUUUAAGGCUUAGAAUUACCAUGCUAAGUGUACAACUUUUUAGUUCAUAAUGUUGUAACUUUUUUCCUUGCGUGGUGUAGUGUUCAAUACUUGUCUUUAUAAUAUGCGGAGACAUAGACAUUGAUAGUUGUAUAGGUGUUUCGAUGUGUUUUGUACAAGCUGUUUUGUACACUUCUCAGUAUGAUACAUGUACUAUGUUAACUCAGUUGCUGUCCAUGAUCAUUGAUCACCUCAUGAUGAA